AUGAAAAAGCGUGAUACCAUUGUCGAUGCGACAAAGCGCUUUGAGCUCGUUCACAAGGAGAUUGAAAAGUUCCACUCUGAGAUUGAAGGUUGCCGAGCCUUAAGGACCCAAGUAUCUGGCGAUGAGGUGAAAUUUUUCGACGUUAUCAUGAAUCAGAUUGAAAACCAGUACGAUGAACUGCUGAAAAAGUCCAAAAGACGUUUUGAGUUCGGUCGUUCCCUCCUUGUCUUCGUCGAACGUGCCAGCAGCUCCAUGCAGUGGUUGCGAGAGAAGGAGACCAUCGAAGUCACGCGAAUUUGGUCUUCCCCGCAUGAAUUGCAAUCGGCUGAAAUUUACGAAUUCUUUCGGGGCCUUCUUAGAGAAAUUCAAUCUCAGGAACAGCAAUUUAAUGAAAUCAGUACCCUUGGAUCUUCCUUGCAUCUUGAAGGCCAUCCUUCCUUCGAUUUAAUUCAAACUUACUUGACCUCACUGGACAGUCAUUGGGCAUGGCUACUACAACUAACUCACUGCCUUGAAACCCGUCUGGAUCGAACUGUACGAUUUCAGCAAUUCUUCAACGAAGCACAAGAAAUAGAGACUUUCCUCACCACAAAGACGAAAGAGAUCAAUGAAAUAAAGUUGGCCGCAGCCUCAGGGCACAUAACUGUUGAAAGUGCUAGUGAAUUUAUGACGAAGACUGCUGAUAUUGGCGAGGCGAUCAGAGGACAAGGAUUUCUUGUGGACAAAUUGGUCGAAUCGAGUGAUGAAAUAGUCGAUUUAGUGCCUCCAAACAAUCCGCAUGAGUCGGUAAUUUCCAUCUGUCUCUUCGCACCCAACAGCGAACCCCACUAUAUGGAGUUGGCGCCAGAACAAAGUGAUCCGGCCAUCGUCACUUGGCCGUCUGGAAACUUCAACAAGGGGGAACAAAUGACAGUCUCUGCAAAGUCAGGCGACUUUACUCUGAAGUUAAGGCACUCAAAUGGGGAGGAGAUAGAGGCUCCAGCAGUUUGUUUCUUACCAGCGUGCCCGUGUCAGGAGGCUAAGGCGAAGGCUCAGGAUGUGGUCGCCCGUUUUCAGUGUCUGCAAGCACUCUGGGCCGAUACAGACUUGGAGCUUCAUGGUCGUCUGCUGAAGGCUACAAUGCAAUCACUUCCUGGAACAUUGCCAAAACUUUCAGCCGUUGAAGGGCAACAACUCAUGCGGCAACUCCAUGAGGACACUCAACGCCAUUUGGUUGGAAUGCGAUUGGCAAAUAAGCCCGUACGGGAAGUUGAGGUAUUCCAGCAAGAGAGCGAGCAGUGCUUCAAAUCCUUGCAGAAUGGGGAUGAUAAUACACUGGAUCCUAUGGAAAAGAAUGCCACAAUUGAUCUCAAACGCAUUGAGACCACACUCAAUGCAUUAGCCGAUCAUCUGCGAAAGAGAGCUGGACAGGUUCUUCCCAAUCAGUUAGUCACUUUGGAAGCUGCAUUAAAGGACCACAAAGAGUGGUCCAGAUCCGUAAAUCAAAUCAGAGAACACUUGGAACGCAUGACGAACAGACAGCAGUCAGCGUGUAAAAAACUGAUCAGUGAGAAGUCGGGUUGUGCCGCACUGCUGGCCGCGGCAAAUGAACUCACUAAUGCAGGAAAGGUGACUGCACGGCGAUUAGCCGAAGUGGACGCGAUUCUCACGCGUCUCGAUAGUCUCCAACGCGAAUUGGCUGAAGGAGAACAGAGAGUGGUGGAAAUAGAGGGUCGUAUGCAUUCUCCGCGACAGAAUCUCUCCAGUUCAAAGUCAUCGUUGCGCAGUGAUGCCUCUGAAAUGGAAACCAACAACGUUCAGAAUAUUCGUGAUCAGUUAAAGGCACGUGAAUGGGAUUUUCAUGCCUUUGGCAACAUUCUAUAA